CAGAGUGGUGUUUCCCGUGUCUCGCUGUGGGGGAGGGAAUGCUGGGAAAAGGUACUAGGGCCAAGUCCCAAGUAACACAUCAUGAGAUCACUGCUAUCCGUGCAGAGCAGAUGGGACAUGCCAGCCAAGCUCCUCCUUGCAAUGACUGCACGGUUGGUUCGCCUCUACCCUGUGAAGGAAGUGAGAGGGCGUAGGAAUUUCGUGGGGAAGGCAGUGGAAGCACUUCCCAGUGCACCAGCCUUGAUUUCCAUAUUAUGCAUCCCAAAUACUAGCCUUCAAAACCACAACGGUUCAGCUUCAACUUCAGCUCCUCUGCAGCCGGCCAGAGAUUUCCCUGAGGCUCCAAAGGAGCAAGACUGAGCGGGCGCGUGACGGCUCCGCUGAGUGACCAGGCUGGCCAUGGCAAGAGAUUCCGUCGCAGAAGCUCUCGGCAGAUGCCCAAGCAGCAGCAGGGUGAUGCCAGGCUGAACAGCUGCUUGGAUGUGGACUGCAAAUCUGCCUUUGUGCCCAAGAACCACCUGCCAAAGCACUGCAGGGCCCAGCAUGGUGUGGCGAAGUCCUUCCAGUGCAGCUACCAAGGCUGUGAGAGCACCUUCAGGAAAAAGAAGGCCCUCCGGGCCCAUUGGACCGAGCAUACCACGGUGCUGCCGUUUGUGUGCCAGGAGCCCGGCUGCACCAUGAAGUUUGCCAGCGCUGCCAAGAGGAAAGCUCACCAGAGGAAACAUGCCGGAUACCUGUGCCCCAAGCCAGACUGCAGGUCUGUCUUGUCCACCUGGACGGCGCAUCAGAAACACCUGCAGCAGCAUCCUGUGGAGUACAAGUGCCAGCUGUGCCCGAAGAUCUUCAAGAAGCCGGGCGGCCUGCGGCGGCACAAGUCCUUCCACAGCCGGCAGAAGCGGGCGCUGCCGAAGCCGACGUGGGCGUGCCCCAAAGCUGACUGCCAGGUCUCUUUCACCACCAUCUUCAACCUGGAGAGCCACAUCCGGAAGGUGCAUCUGCAGCUGCUGAAGUAUCGUUGCUACUUUGCUGGCUGUGAGAAGGCCUUUGCCAUGCGGGAGAGUCUAAUCCGGCACCUGACGGUUCAUGACCCCACCAAGAAGAAACUGAAGCCUCAGCGCUGCCGGCCCAGCAGGAAGAACCGGCGGCGGGUGCUGGUGGAGGAGAACCUGCACCAGCUCUUCAGCCAGAAGCUCUAUGUGCGACUCAAGCGCAGCCGCUCAGGCUUCCCGGCGGGGGAGGACAGCCCCGGGCGCCUGGGCCACACGCUCCUCCUGCGGGUCAAGGCCAAGCUGGAGAGCGACCUGUCGGGGCUCUUCAACGAGCGCCCCGGCCGCCAUGCUGUGGAGCCCGAGGUGAACCUCAGUGCCCUCUUCCAGCUGCCCCCGACCACCAGGCCGCAGGAGGUGGCCUAGAGCCAGCAUCCCGCCCAGGGAGCUGCUGCCUGGCACUGAGCAGGGGGCCCUGGAGCUCAAAGGCCGGGCAAGACACGAUUUUUGGCUGGUAUUUGCUUUAACUCUUAAUUUCCACCCGGAAUAGGUGGAGGGCGGGGAAGCUCCCUGGGCAGGAAGAGACUGGCCCAGCCAGCCGGGCAAAUGAACCUCCCUUUUAUGUUGAGUUUUUUCCCCCCGGUAGAGGGUGUCUCUUGAGUUUAAGCACGGGUCAGGGCUGUCCCUGGUGAGGGUGUGGGGUUCUUGCUGCAAGGACAGGGGCUGGGUUUGGGGGGUGCCUGGCCUGUGACCACCUGCAGGUGUGACAGGUGGGCCAAGCACUCCCAGCUGGGGCUGCUGUGAGCA